AUGAAGCCGCCAUCUUACAUUUACCAGUUUCCACUCCUUCAGACAGACGCAGACCGGUGCAGAGGGGGCGCACCGGACUCCCGCAGCCGUUCUGCCUCUUUUUACAUCCAAUUUGUUCUAUUUUGGAGUGUUUUUUUACUUUUCGGAGCCCGGGUGAACGGAUUUGCUGAUUUGACAAGGAUCAGGAAGCUGUGCAGGCCGUGGUUUGAGAGUGCAACAUGGCUUCCCAGGCUGAUCUGA